UGCACGCCGCCAUUGAGGGACCCACCAUCAGCAGGAAAGGGUCAGAGGCGCCUCGAUAGGCUGCAACUGCACGUUUCUUCAAUCUCAACCUUAACUUCGGUUUGAGCUGCGGUUCCUGACACCUGUCUCGCACUCUUCUUCAUUCCCGUGGAUGUUUUUGGUUGACAGCGGCGCGUGUCGUCUCUUAAGGGACGUGUUUUUUUAAAAACCAGAUUGUUGAAGUCACGGGCAGCCCAGGACCUGAGCUAACAUAACGAGGCUAUAGCAGGCUUGCUAACGUUAGCUAGCGACCUGGCUAGCAGCACUCGAGCUGAGCACUGCUCGGUGGAGAGUGGGAGGGGGGGGCGGUGCGCCUCCAGUGUUGUUUGAUGGAUCCGAGAAUCGCCUGGUUUCAGCCAGAACAACGUGGACCCGCUAACAACCUGUGGAUGCAGAUCUGGGAGACGACACAGGGGCUCGGCUACUUGCAUGUCAAUAACAGCUACACCACUGGAUCCCAGAUCACGUCGACAGUGAACGGAGCGCAGGGAGCCGUACUUACCGGCAGAAACGGAGCACUUGACUCCAACGUAGGCAGUGGUAAGGCCAGGACUCAGGGGAUGUCGAACCCAAUGGGGGACCGAGGAAUAACGGAGCAGCGGGACUUUAUACCACUGGAAACCAACAGCAACCACAACAACCGAGUCGCUGGCAGGGGCGGUGUCGGAGGGGGGCAGCAGCAGCAACAGGGAAGCGGGGUCGCUGUGCUAUGGAGGGGGUUAACGGACGGACAUCCCAACAAAAGGAAAAGAGACAACAAAGCUAGCACUUUCGGAUUCAAUGCCAGUCUCUUGAAUAGUGGCAGCUGCCCCGACACGGGAGGCUACGACGGCUACACGGGUACGCCAUGGAAAGUGAGGAACUACUCGGAGGGAAUAGUUGGGUUACAUGAGGAGAUCAAUGACUUCUACGAGUACAUCUCCCCACGACCGGAGGAGGAAAAAAUGAGAUUGGAGGUGGUGGACAGAAUCAAGGGAGUUAUCUACGACCUGUGGCCCAGCGCUGAGGUCCAAGUGUUUGGGAGCUUCAGCACUGGUCUUUACCUUCCUACAAGUGACAUUGACCUGGUAGUUUUCGGGAAGUGGGAGAUGCUGCCAUUGUGGACGUUGGAAGAAGCUCUGCGGAAAAGAAAUAUUGCAGACGAGAACUCCAUUAAAGUUUUGGACAAAGCAACGGUUCCCAUCAUUAAACUGACUGACUCUUUCACUGAGGUCAAAGUGGACAUCAGCUUCAAUGUGAAGAGUGGAGUUAAAGCCGCUCGGCUCAUCAAAGAGUUCAAAGAGAAAUACCCUGUGCUGCCUUACCUGGUCCUGGUGCUGAAGCAGUUCCUUCUGCAGAGGGACCUCAAUGAGGUUUUUACCGGUGGUAUUGGUUCCUACAGCCUUUUUCUCAUGGCUGUCAGCUUCCUGCAGCUGCACUACAGGGAAGAUGUCUCCAGCCCCAACAUCAACAUCGGUGUCCUGCUCAUCGAAUUCUUUGAGCUCUAUGGUCGCCACUUCAACUACCUGAAGACGGGCAUCAGGAUAAAAGAUGGGGGUUGCUAUGUUGCCAAAGACGAGGUUCAGAAGAACAUGAUGGAUGGUUACAGGCCCUCCAUGCUCUACAUUGAGGAUCCGCUGCAGCCAGACAACGACGUUGGUCGCAGUUCAUAUGGUGCCAUGCAGGUGAAGCAGGCAUUCGACUACGCCUACGUGGUACUCAGCCAUGCUGUGUCACCCAUCGCCAAGUACUACCCCAACAAUGAUACUGAGAGCAUACUUGGCAGAAUAAUCCGGGUGACACAGGAAGUGGAUGAAUAUAGGGAAUGGAUCCGAAAGAACUGGGGCAGCCCAUCACAGAAUGAUUUACCGCUGAACAGAAAUGACGUCACACUAUUUGAGACCCAGCAGCUGGAUGAGUGCAACAACAACGUUCCAGACGAUGACGAAGAUGUUGUGGUUCUACCGUUGACUUCCCACAGCAAAACCUCAUCGAACUCCUCUUCUCCAUUCCCUUCACUGCGCUCUUCUCCUUCCUCCUCGCUGCUGUCGCCGUCUUCAACGACGACGACCUCCAGCUCGAGCGAUGCGGACUCGGAUGGCACACCAUGUAAGACAGCCAAGCAGCAGUCAGGCCGGGGCUCCGGCGUCCACAGGGAGAAGACAGCUGCUGUUAGCAAUCACCGACCACAGAGCCACACUACCUGCACUCCAUCUGGAAGCAACAAGGGAGGAAAGGCCAGGAUGUCUCGUUCCCAUCAAAAGAGUGGGCACCACGGGCAGCAGAGCUCCUCAUCCAGCACCAAAAAUCACCCGGGCAACAAGCCACACCACCAGGUCAACAGCAAGAGGAGGAAAAAUGUACGGGACUCUACACAAGAGGACCUCUGCAGAUAGGGGUGACCUCAUCUGCCCUACCAAGUCCCCCCGUCCUUGUCUGCAACUGACUGCCUGUCAUGUCCCACUUCUGCUGCCAGACUCCAGCCUCAGGAGGUUGUUAGUAGUAUGAAAACACCUGCAGUGUCUGUCUCUUUGUCAAGCUUCUUGGGAUGACAAGCAACUGUUUCGAGCAGGACAAGUAAUUAAAGGUUAUAGGAAAUGGGGAUUAAUUUCUUGGACCUACACUGAAAUCACAAAAGGAUGAAUGCUCAUUUGCUUCUUAACAGCUUCUACAAAGAAGCAGUUUCCUUACCACAGCCAGCACCGACACAACAUGCCUCUUGCGCCUCCUGCUGUUCAGGAGUAGGCAGAUUGAAUGUCUGGAAUCUACUCUGGAGCAUUACCUGGAGCUGCUGGCUGGAAAAUAAAGGAACUAAAAUUUUAUCAAAAAAAAAAAAGAAAAUAGCAAAUGGCUUAAAAUGUAUAAAAACAAAAAAUGUUAUGUUUAACAGCAGAAAAAAUAUGUAUACAGAUUUUUUUAAAGAUGGUAACUUACAAAUGCAAUCAAUGAGAGUGGGACAUAACUUAUGCAUGAGGUUUCUUUUUGUUGGUUGAUUUUCCUGUUGGUUUAAUCUGUUUUAUUAUGUCUGAACAGGUUAUAUGACAAUUUGUAUAAAAUUGCACCAGAAAAAAAAAAGUUAAAAACAUGAGAGAGAAGGGAUUGUUUCAUAUGACAUUUUUACAAGAUAUACUGGUUGAGGACAUGUAAACAUGCACAUCUUAUGCCCACAGCUGUUUUGGUCAAAGCCAAGAGCUGUUUGGGGUUCUCAUUGCCAACAUAAAUCAUCAGCAGCAUCCACUUUUACCUUUGGUUGCUCUAUGUGAGUGUGCUAUAGUGUUAAAGUUUAGAUUGAGCCUUGAUUGAGCCAGCGCUCACAUGCAGCCUAAUAGAUGACUGAGAGAUGAUCAUCUUGUCUCAGUAGCACAGUCACACCAGUGUAGAGGCUUGAGGACAACAGGUUUAAAUCAAUAAAUAAGGAGUGAUAAUGGUUUUUAUUGAAAAAUCCUACACUUGAAAAAAGAUUUUUUGUGUUUAAAAUAUAACUGUGGGUGAUGAUCUGUACCUUCGGUAGUUUGCCGACUGACAAAAUCAUUUCUAUUUGUUAAAUGUAUUUAUUUUUUUAUUAAUUAUAUGAGCAUAGUAAGGAUACAUGUAUUAUUAACAUUGUGGGCUGAAAACAGGUAUAUUUAGGUACAGUAAAAAUACCACCUCUAUUAUUUAAUUCUUUUUUUUUUUUCAGUGACAGUUGAGUGACCAAGUUACUUUGAAAAGCUUGAGAGAGACCACUGAACAAGUUAUACGGUGAUCAUUUUAAUCUAUGGCUGGUCUACUUACCUUAAAGGGGAUUUUUAUUCCUUAAAACACACCCUCUGUCAUUGCAGUACAAAAACUAGCCGUUAGAUGGAGCCAUUGGGCUGAGUCUUAAUCCGCACUUGAGUCUGGGCUUGUAUACUGCAUUUGGACGGUUCAUUGCUGCAUCAUUUUUUUGUGAUUGACCGAUCGCACCCUGUUAUUUAAAUUGGCAGCUGCACAUUGUUGGAGGAAGUAACACACCAAAGCACAGUGCAAACCCCUUCCUUCUCAUCUGACCCAAAUGUGACAAGUUUCAUUCACAGUGAAAACUUAGCAGCCAGCAAUAAUUACCACCCUCCAUCCCAAACGUCACUACAAUCACCCUGAGCAACUGUCAUCUCCCGUGUUGAAGACAGUGAAGCACAUUUUGAAUCCAUGCACUAACUUCCCAUCCCAUAAGAGAAUGGUUAAAUGCCCCCCUUUCACCACCAUCACCACCAUCAUCACCAUCAUCACCAUCCCUUAGUGCUACACCUGUGGCUUAAAUACAGUAUACAAACUCUGGUCUUGUGGCAGACAGGAACAAGGAGAAAUGUAAACCAAGUUUACAAAAAAAAAAAACUGUCGUGCCAUCUGAAUGUCCGCCGACCCUGUUUUUGUUACUGCAGGAAGGCUUCAAAUCCAGCUGUGCUCAUCUGAAACGUUUCUGCAGCUUUUACAAUCCAUGCAAUAAAAAACAGUACAAUUCA